AAUACACGUAUUUAUUGGUAUUUAGCAACGCAUCCAACUGUGAAUUUCCGAUCUAUAGUGGUGUAAUAUUUUGCAUCUUUUACGCCCUUGGGAUGGCGAUUUACAACUCAUACACCAUUUAUAAAUCCCAGAAGGACUCAUCCAUUGUGUCCAAGAUGUGGGUGGUCCCAUUUAUAAUGCUUAACUCAUUGGUAACAGUUAUUAUGCUUGUCGCCUCCUGCAUGAUCAGUGUUGGUUUUAAAGAAAUUUGUGACUCAAUGACGAAAGGAAAAUACAAGUACUAUCCCAGUUGUAUAGAGGCAGAAAACCAGAAGCUUGAGUCGCCGAUAACAAAAGAAAUAAGUUCUACAGGGCGCUUCUAUACCUUGAUAAAUGUUUCUCAGCUGAGGAUUAAAAGGAGGGGGUGCAUUCAAGUCCAGUCUACUUAAAAUAAUUUUGUAUAACAUGAAAAACCAC